AUGAGCUUCUGGUCCCGCAGACGGUUCCGUAUCACUCCGCUGCGAGCGUUGGCGGCCUUGUUCCUGAUGAUCGUGCUGUUCUGGUACAGCCUCAGUCGGCAAGAAGCGCCGCGGCAACCGUGCAGCGUGCCCGAGGAAUUCACGGAGAAACUGCACGAGCUUGCCUACAGGGUUCACCUGGUGCUAGCGAAACUGGGCAUCGUGCACUUUCUGUGCCUGGGAGGGCUCUGGGGUCAAGUUCGCAUCGGCCGUGCCUUGCCGUGGGCACGUAAGGUCGAGCUUUGCCUGAUCGACACGCUCAGAGACGACGUUCUAAUCACGAAAGCGUUCCGCGAGGUUGGUCUCAGCGCCACAUAUCUGCACGCGGCUGGCGUUUAUCGAAUCCAGGAGCACGAGGUCGGCGAGGAUGCGCCCAAAGUGGAGACGCAAAUGGUGAGAAGAGUCGGUUGGACAAGAAGAGUGCUGCCGCCGGACUGCGAAUUUUCACCAAGUCUGCAAUGUUUCCCACCACAGCUUGUAAUCCCUCCCUUACCGGCUAAGCAAUUCGGUGGUAGAUUGAUACCUGUCCCCAGGGAAGGCAUCGAAUUGCAGAAAUAUCACUACCCUAACGACUGGUGGCUCGAGGUGAAACCGACCGACUGCACCGAGCCGCAAGAAACGAGCGCG